UAUCGCGUACGCAGGGUGAGAGACGAGCGAUCUCCGACGACGUCGCUGACGCCUCCGAGCAGCACCUCGGCCAGCCGCCGACGAGGGACACGGCGACGGCAGCAGCAUGGCGUUCCGAAUCUUGACCGCGUUCGCGCUGCUGUUCUUGGCCCACACCGACCUGGUGGAGGCUCGUCGCCUCUCCUUAGACGGCCGCUGGAAUGCCACCAACACGAACAAAACUAUGAAUUUUUCCGCUCAAGUCCCCGGAGGAAUUUAUACCGAUCUGAAGAGGAACGGCAUCAUUGGAGAACCGUACUUCAGCUUCAACGAUAUCAAGUAUACCUGGGUGGCUUUCGAAAAUUGGACCUUUUAUAGGACCUUUAGUGGCCCUCGGGAAGCACGAGACGCAGGCGAAGUCCUACAAGAUCUACCCGAUCUGCCCGCCCGCCGUGCAGAACGGUCAGUGCCACGUCAACUACCUGCGCAAGACGCAGUCUUCGUUCAGUUGGGACUGGGGACCGUCUUUUCCUUCCCAGGGAAUAUGGAAAUCUAUAGAAAUUGAAGCCUAUGAUGCAGUCAUCAUUCGUGACAUUACCGUUAAAACAACCCUGAAAAAAGAGUCCGACGGCACAGAGCAUUGGACCCUGGAGUUGGAUGCCUUCUACGAAUCGGCGUCAGACCAGUCCCUCGACGGCGCCUACAUGAUCAGUCUGGACGGUGUCACUCUGGGCCAGGAUGCCUUGACGUUUCUGCCAUCGGACAAGAAACAUAGCAAGAUCCGAUUUGUGGUUCCUAUCUCUCGAAAAAUUCAAAUUGAAAAGUGGUGGCCGAAUGGUUACGGAGCACAAAAAUUGUACCUUUUGGACGUGUCAGUUUCCGUAAACGGAGAAGAAUUCUCGAAACAAAUGAAGAUUGGUUUUCGAACAGUCGAACUGGUGCAGGAUGUCGUUGUGACACCGUCCGGAAGUAAAUCCAACACAAACUUGGACUUCUACUUCAAGAUCAACGACGUGCCAAUCUAUGCCAAAGGAAGCAACUGGAUUCCAGCAGACAGUUUCCCGGAACGCAUCACGCCUGACUACAUCGAGCACCUCCUGCGCUCAGCCAAGGAUGCGAACAUGAAUAUGCUGCGCGUCUGGGGCGGGGGCAGGUACGAAAGCGACGUUUUCUAUGACUUGGCCGACAAGCUUGGGAUCCUCAUCUGGCAAGACAUGAUGUUCGCUGUCAGCCUGUAUCCGGUCGACCCCCAUUUUCUCCAUGACGUCGCCGACGAAGUUCGCCAGCAGGUUCGUCGACUGCAACAUCAUCCGUCUGUCCUACUCUGGGCGGGUAACAACGAAAACGAAGAAGCAAUUGCUUCCUUCUGGUGGCCAGGCAUGGCUUUGCAUCUUACGAGAUACAGGGAGGACUAUCGAAAGCUUUACAUCGAAACUAUCAAGACGAUCGUAGAAGCUGAGGACAGCUCACGGCCCUAUCUGGCAUCGAGUCCCAGCAAUGGAAAGCUGUCGCAGCUGAGCCACUGGAUCUCCGCUAACCCCAACAGUUUCUCUUCCGGAGACGUGCAUUUUUAUUCGUACGGCAUCGACUGGUGGAACGCGGGCGACUUCCCCGUCACUAGGUUCGUGUCGGAGUACGGGCUGCAGUCCUACCCGUCACGUGACAGCCUCCAAGCAGUCCUCCUACCUUCGAUGAUUGUGUACCCGUUCUCGGUGGCUCUCGAGCACCGGCAGCAUCAGCGGCUGGGUGACACCUAUGUCAUCGGCGCAGUACAUGAUCAUUUUGAUUGGCCCGACGUUCGGAACACCAGUGAUGCUUAUGAUAUUUUUUCGUAUUACUCGCAGAUCGCGCAGGCAGAAGGCAUCCGAACGGCGACCGAGUCCUUUCGGCGCUGGAGGGGCCACGUGGACGAUAAGGGCCAGGGACACACCAUGGGCGCCCUGUACUGGCAGCUCAACGACAUCUGGCAAGCUCCCUCGUGGGCGUCUAUCGAGUACGGAGGCCGGUGGAAGAUGCUUCAGUACUUCGCCAAGAAAUUUUUCAGUCCCAUUUUGAUUUCUCCUUUCAUCACCCGUGAACGCAAUCGCGAAUUGCAGAUAUUUGUCGUCAAUGAUCUUCGGGAGUCAUUUCAGAACGUAACGCUGCACGUGGAGACGUACAAGUGGCAGUCGUUCACUCCUCUGAUUUCGGCAACUUUGAACUUCACUUUGCCCAACGAAACUUCACUGGCUGUCUUUAAAGCGCCGAUCUCGACCGUGUGGAAAAAUAGCGGCUGCACGGACCGAACCUGCUUCCUGUGGUUCACUCUGAAGGACGAAGCGGGAGGCGUUCUGGCUCCGGAAGCAUACGCCCUGCCGUCUCCGCCACGAUCCAUUACUGGCCUGCAGAACGCCACUGUGAAGGUGACGCACAUCAUGGGUCCAUCUACCUUGGAAGGAAACUCCAAAGUGUUCAGCCUGACUGUAGUAACGGACAACGUGGCCCUCUUCGUGUGGUUGAGUUCGCACGGGGCGAGAGGACAGUUCUCCGACAACGGCUUCCUCAUGAAGGAUUCGACGCGUCAUCUGGAGUUCACAACCCACGAGGACGUCACGGCAGAAGAGCUCGGACGACAGAUCACUGUGCAGACGGUCCUCAGUGUACGAUGAAAUACACGCACGCGCAUCAGAGUACAAUCCACUGAUAGUGUAAGAAAGACAAAGCGAGGCCAGUGGCCGCCCUCUGCUACCUACUAAAUAAUAAAAAAUAACAUUGAUACUGAA